CUUGGGGGUGGGGUCCCUAGCCCAGCCUCCUAGGUGUCCCCACCCCCGAGACAGGGUGCGACUGGAACAGGGGUUGCAAGUGAGGAGACGGCCGCCCGCCCUCCAGCCUUAACGAGCCUCUGGGGCCCCCUGCCGGCCGGCCAGGGCCACCCCAGGCAAGGCCAGACAGAACUUUGAGUCCUGCAGGGAGCAGGCGGCAGCUGGUGGGGCCGGAUGAGGUCAGGGCCAGAGAGGCUGCGUGUGUGGUUCAGUGUGCGCAGGCAGGGGACAGUGAGACCCGGCCGCUCUGCUGUGAGCACCUUGAGCUGGAGGAGGUGCUACUGGGAUAGGGCUUGGAAACAAGGAGACAGUCCAGGCACAGGGGGCCACAGGACUACAACUGCCCAGGCACAUGCAAAGGCCCUGGAUCGUGAAAGCUUGGGGCACCACCACUUGGAGGAGUGUUCGCUGGGGAAGUUGGUGGGCCCAUGUGGGGAAGGUUUUCCCCCUGGUGGGGGUCCCCUGCUCAUGGCCUCUGCCCUCUGCACGCAGCCGUCCAGUGGUGCCCCCGUUGAUCCCCCCCAAGAUCCCAGAAGGGGAGCGCGUGGACUUUGAUGACAUCCACCGCAAGCGCAUGGAGAAGGACCUCCUGGAGCUGCAGACGCUCAUCGACGUGCACUUUGAGCAGCGCAAGAAGGAGGAGGAGGAGCUGGUGGCGCUGAAGGAUCGCAUUGAGCGGCGCCGGGCGGAGAGGGCUGAGCAGCAGCGCUUCAGGACUGAGAAGGAGCGCGAGCGGCAGGCCAAGCUGGCGGAGGAGAAGAUGCGGAAGGAGGAGGAGGAGGCCAAGAAGCGAGCAGAGGACGAUGCCAAGAAGAAGAAAGUGCUGUCCAACAUGGGGGCCCACUUCGGGGGUUACCUGGUCAAGGCAGAGCAGAAGCGGGGGAAGCGGCAGACUGGGCGGGAGAUGAAGCUGCGGAUCCUGUCUGAGCGGAAGAAGCCCCUGAACAUCGACCACAUGGGCGAGGAGCAGCUCAGGGACAAGGCCCAGGAGCUGUCAGACUGGAUCCACCAGCUGGAGUCUGAGAAGUUCGACUUGAUGGCGAAGCUGAAGCAGCAGAAAUACGAGAUCAAUGUGCUGUACAACCGCAUCAGCCACGCUCAGAAGUUCCGGAAGGGUGCAGGAAAGGGCCGCGUCGGAGGCCGCUGGAAGUGAGGGCCCCUGGAUGUGACCCCUGGGGCCACCGGGAGCUGUCAGAGUUUGUCUCAUCAGUAGCUUGAAAUAAACAUUCUCCCUGCAGCA